AUGACACUUACCCUCAGAAGCGAACAGCAAGAACUGGCGAGGCGCACAGGCGUCAAGGAACUUGAUUACCGGCGCCUUUGUUACAAACAAAGCAAUAGCAGACAAUCCUUCCAGGGAUUUAACGCAGCAUCGUUGAGAGAGCUGACAUCGUCAUCCUCCGCUUGCUUUAAUAUCACGCUUUGCAUACGGGGGGAAAGAAUGAGCAGCCUUGUUCGCCCCCCUCUCGGUCCCCGCACCAGCCUUGCCUCCCAAGCGCUCAACACAAACCCCCCCUCCAACCAAACCCGAAGCGGCCCCCCCGUCACAGACGCCGCUUGCGCCCCUUUUCCAAGCUUCGGCAGACCCCCCCGCUCGCCCACUUCACAACUAGGUAGGAGAGGCUUCAACGCGUCACUCCAAGACAGUUGCAGCCGAACUGUAGACCAGUACCCCUUCCUAGCGGUUGGGAAAAGCGCCCUUCCAAACUCCACCAAAUCUAACUUCUUAUCCCAGGGCUCGGAAAGAUUAGCGGCCCCCCGGUCCGGAAAAGGGGGGGUGGAAAUGAGUGUCGCAACAGCGCCCAAGCGCGUGAUGCGUACGGUGAAGCUCUCGGAGGUGGCGGGGGCGGAUCUGCAGCAGCUUCUGUCGCGGCCGAGGAUCGAUUUCAAGAGCAUCUUUGACACCGUCGGGCCGAUCAUUGAGAAUGUGCAGAAAAGGGGGGAUGAAGCGGUGCGCGAGUACACAGCGAAGUUCGAUGGGGCGAACUUGGACGACGUCGUGGUGAAAGUGUCGGACCUGCCGGACCCGCAGUUGGAUCCGGACGUUACAGCAGCAUUUGACGUCGCGUUUGAUAACAUCAAAGCGUUCCAUGCUGCGCAGAAAAAGACGCAGGCUUUGGUGGUCGAGACAAUGCCGGGCGUUCAAUGCCGACGAGUCGCCCGACCAAUCGACCGUGUCGGUCUCUACGUGCCGGGCGGCACCGCAGUGCUCCCGUCGACCGCACUCAUGUUGGCCGUUCCCGCAGGAAUCGCCGGGUGCAAAACGAUUGUCGUUGCGACACCUCCCCGGAAGGACGGGAGCAUCGCUCCAGAGGUGCUCUACUGCGCGAAGAAGGCAGGCGUCACGCACAUUCUUAAGGCGGGGGGCGCGCAGGCCGUCGCCGCUCUUGCGUGGGGCACUGCCACGUGUCCCAAGGUGGACAAGAUUCUAGGCCCCGGCAACCAGUACGUCACCGCCGCCAAGAUGCUCCUGCAAAACAGUGAGGCCAUGAUCUCAAUCGACAUGCCGGCGGGCCCGUCCGAGGUGCUUGUUAUUGCGGACGGGGGAGCGAGUCCUGCGCACGUGGCGUCGGAUCUGCUUUCACAGGCGGAGCACGGCCCCGACAGCCAGGUGGUGCUGGUUGCCCUCCCUGGGGUGGACCUAGAUGCGGUGCGCGCCGAGGUGGACCGGCAGUGCGACGCGCUGCCACGUGGCAGCAUCGCACGCAAGGCGCUCGAGCACAGUUACAUCGUCGAGGUGGAGACUGCUGCGCAGGCUACCUCUUUCUCCAACGACUACGCUCCCGAGCAUCUCAUCGUUAACGUGGAGGAUGCCGAAGAUUGGCUUCCCAAUCUCACAAAUGCGGGGUCCGUUUUCCUGGGCCGCUGGACCCCCGAGAGCGUCGGCGACUACGCCAGCGGCACGAAUCACGUUCUGCCGACGUAUGGCUAUGCGCGUAUGUACGGCGGCGUUUCGCUCGACUCGUUUGUGAAGUACAUGACGGUGCAGAAUCUGUCGAAAGAAGGUUUGCAGAAUCUGGGCCCGUCGGUUGCAAAGAUGGCCGGGGUCGAGGGGUUGGAUGCGCACCGGAGGGCGGUGACGAUGCGCCUUGCGGAUAUCGAGUCUGGACGGUAAUCUUGUCAAGGUAUAGAACAUUCUUAGCACGGUCGCCCAACUUUCGAGACAUCCAAGACAUGCAGUGCGACCUGACGUGCAUUCUGCAAACGCAAUGAGCAACUUACCGCGUCAAAAAAAAAUUAACAUGCACCGAUGCCCGACCUGGAGACGCGCGGUGAUUUUGGAUGUGAGCCUCGGAGUCAAC